AUGCUGCGUGCUCUAAGCUUGCUGCGGCGGCGUGAGUCUGCUGGUGGCUCAGAGAACGUCAACAGCAGCAACACGAACAGCAGCAGCAGCAGCAGCAGCAACAGCAGCAGCAGCAGCAACAGCAGCAGCAGCAGCAGCACCAAAUUUGAUGAUGCUAUUAGAGGGAGUAGAGAAGCAAUCAGUACCUUAGAUAAACGCCAUGCGCAUAUCUUACGUAGAGCACAGGGCCAGAGUGCAUUAGCUCGUGCAUGCGUUGCUGCGUCGGAUCGUGAGGGUGCAUUGAUGGCGCUGCAGCGUCGUCAGCUGCUGCUGCAGCAGCAGCAGCAGCUUGCUGCUGCUCGUCUUGCCUUAGAGAGGCAGCUGCUGCAGCUAGAAGCAGCACAGACGCAGCAGCUAGCUGUGCAUGCAAUGGCUGCUGCUGCUACUGCACAUAAAAUUAUCACCAAACAACUCACGAGCAGCACAGUUGAGCGUUUAGUAGAUGAGAUGGCUGAGCAGCAAGAAGCACAAAAAGAAUUUGUUGAUGCGCUGCAGCAAACUGCUAACCCUGCAGAGGACGAGGCUGAUUUGCUGCGUGAGUUGGAUGAGUUGGAGGCAUUAGAGGUAGAGAGGCAGCUAAUAGAUCCGCCAAUUGCUGCUGCUGCAUGCACGCAGCAGCAGCUGCAGCAACUGCAGCAGGAAGAUGAGCUGCUGCGGCUGCAGCAGCAGUUGCACAUACAGCAGCAGCAGCAGCAGCAGCAGCAGCAGCAUUACCUACAUGAGCCUGCGCAGCGCUGCUCUACAUGGCAAGGAAUUGAAGAUCCUGCACAGCUGCUGCUGCCGCAGAGGCAGCAGCAGCAGCAGCAGCAGCAGCCGCUGCUGGCUGGACGGGUGUCUGCUGCUGCUGCUGCUGCUCCUGCUACCCAUCACCGACCCCAGGGGUUGCUGCUCGAGCAGCUGCAGCAGCAGCAGCAGCAGCGGCAGCAGCAGCACCACCAGUUCCCAGUUACAGGGAUGCAGCGGCAGCAGAAUGUGCUGCAGUACAGGAACUCAAUAGAGCAGCAGCAGCACGAGCAGCAGCACCUGCAGCAGCAGCAGCGGCAGCACAGCAGCAACCUUCUCCUUGAAGAGGAUGCAGGAUGGGCGCCUUCUUCCCGUCACUCCUUUGGGGCUUAUUCGUAUAUGCAGCAGCAACAGCAGCAGCAGCAGCAGCAACGGCAACUGCAGCAGCAGCAACUGCAGCAGCAACAGCAGCAGCAGCACCAAAGCGAAGAAGCUCGGUUGGGCGUGCUUCUCUAUUCGUAA